UGCUCCGGCUAACAUUAGCUGCUUGUCUGUCUAUGAAGCAGCCGGGGUGGAUUUCACUGACAAUAAUGAUUUCUUUUUAGAUCCGACAACGUUAUAACGAAACGCUUGGAUGGUAACCAGAAAGAUAUCAAAGUGUAACGGGGAACCGUCAAUGCAAAGAAAGAGGAUCCAUGGCAAAGUGGCUGAAGGACUACCUAAACUUUGGCAACAGGCGUGACCCUCCACAGCCCCCGAGGCCAGAUUACAGCGAGAGUGAAAUCUUGAGGGCCUACAGAGCUCAGAAAGACCUGGAUUUCGAGGACCCGUACCAGAGCUCUGAUAAGGAGCUCCAGAAUGGUGGUUUCAGCUCCUGUAGUGCAACAGUGAGCCUCCCCUCAUUCCCUGCAUUUGGUUCAGGGCUGCCUAAUGGUGUGGAGGUAAAAGUGGUUUCCCCCAAACACAGACUAAUUAAAGUGGAUUCUCAGGAGUUUGGUCGCUGUAAAGUCCCCUUGAGUCCUGUGACUAUCCAAGAGGAACCUGUGGUUCCGUCUGCCCCAGCAGCGUCAGACGCCGAUACAGAUUACUCUGACCCAUUUGAUGCCCGUCCAGACCCAAGGCCCCGACCAAACUGGGAGCCCAAAUCUGCACCAACAGACUGUUGCAGCUACAUGGAGCCAUUUGAGGCUCAGCGGAUAAUUUCAGAAAUGCAGCACAGAGUGAUUGCAAACAGGUCUGGGAGUGGAGAUGGUCCCCAAUUAUAUGAUAACCCGUACGAAGAGAGGACUCGUCACCACCACCAUCGAGCUGCUCCAACGGCACAACAGCAACCCCAGAGGGUGGAGGGUGGACUUCUCCUGUUGGACAGCAGGGAGAGCAGACUGCCUCAGGAUGAUGAAAGGCCAGCUGAUGAAUAUGACCAGCCCUGGGAGUGGAAGAAAGACAACAUCUCUAAAGCUCUAGCAGUUCAGUUUGAAGGGGCAGAAAGGGAGCGUUCACGAGCUCAGACAGAACAAACUAGGCUCGCCAAGACGGGCACCACAUCUACCACAGCAGACUCGACCACACUCCGCCUCGUUGGUGACACACCUCCUCUGCUGGGGGAGCGAGUGGAUCCAUUUCUGCCACUAGAGAGCCAAGUAUGGUACCAUGGAUCCCUGAGCCGUUCGGAGGCAGAGAGUCUACUGACUCUGUGCAAGGAGAGCUCCUAUCUGGUGAGGAACAGCCAGUCCUGCCGGAACGACUACUCUCUGUCACUCAGGAGUUGCAAGGGCUUCAUGCAUAUGAAGUUCACUCAGUUUGCAGACGGGCGCUACGUGCUCGGAGAGAACAGCCCUCCCUUCUCCACCAUCCCUGAGGUCAUCCACUACUACACCACGCACAAGCUGCCAAUCAGAGGAGCUGAGCACAUGUCCCUACUGUAUCCCGUCAUAGUGCAAACCCUUUGACACUGACACACACACACAAACACACACAAACACACACACACACACACACACACACACACACACACACACAUACACACAUACACUCUUUCUUCUGGUGCUACUGAAUACAAUAUAUACUCAACAUUUACCCCUUUACAUGCCUUUCCACUGCCAUUCUACCUUCACCGCUCACAUGAGAUCGGACUGUUUGGUGCCAUCUUUUCCUUUUUCCUGUUUACCAUAACCCCAGUUACUACACUGGCAGCUAAAUAAGACAGUUCAGUGCCUCAUGAACCAAUGCCUGUGAACUGCUUUUUGCCGCUGACAUCCCUGUUUUUUAAUAUCAUACUUUGAGGUCGAAGAUAAAAACAGAAACUUAAGUCUUGAGGUGUCUUGAGAGAGUAUUGCAUGGAGAUAGGCUCUUGUACUGCUGUGCAGAGAUGGACUGUGCUAUCAGCUCAUUGAAAGGAAAAUACAGGUGUUUUUCUUUUAAGCUUGUGCCAAUCAUCUAGAUUGACUAUUUCAGCCAAGGCAACUUUUUUUUUUUGUCCAUGUGAAUUUUAUGUUUUAAAAUGACAAAAAAACAUCAAACAAACAAAACAAUGGAGGUGGAGAGUUAAAAUAGAUGUAGACAAUAGAAGACGCAGUAGAAAAUGUGCUGUAACCAACAAACAACACUGUUAUUAUUCCUUCAAGUGUUAGUUACCAAUACCAAUCACACACUACAUUUAUUUUAAACCACAGCUGUAUAGCAGCCCUGGGUUUCUCUGUGUUUGAGAGGCCUGUGAAUGUUUUAUGAUGCUGUAGUUGCGCGCCCUGCAGUGCUGUGCUAGAUUCAUUAGGUUAUGUGUGAACACAGCGACAAGACGGAUAUGACUUGUUAAAUUCACACGAUAACAGACUCCGGCAAUACUAGUUUGUAGAAUAAAGACUACAGUAUUAUAUUGAAAGCUUGUGGCUUUGUGAUCAUGACUAUUAAAAAAAAAAAAGCUUUGGUAGAUUUACUGUGCUGUUUUAUAAGAUUUAAAAUGUGUUAAAAAAUAAAGGUGUUGUCUGUU